UUCCAAUUUGACAGUUCGGACGAGUUGCAUGCAGAAAUGAAUAAACCUACAAAGCAUGGAAAAACCUCCACAACUUGUCGCCCAUAUGUACGGGCAGUUAUUCUCGACACGCCUGGCUUCACCUCCUCUAUGACUUUGUCAUCCUGUUUCCAGUCUUCUUGAUUUGAACCAAAGACUUUUUGGUUUGAAAGAUAGAGUGCUAAAAAGAGAAUUCACAGAAAAAUAUCUUGCCAACCCUGAAAGUAACCAUUCAUAUUUAUCUGCAGCACUUUAAUUUGAUGAGGAUUCAUUAUAUAAGCUUACAUUAUCU